CUCGCGCUUGUAAAUACUCUCAAAUAUAAUAUUUUUGAUAAUUUUUAUUACCCAAAAGUCUCAAAAUGGCGUACAAAGGCCCCCCAAAAGUGCAAAAGGUUAUGGUACAACCCAUCAAUCUUAUUUUCCGAUAUCUGCAAAACCGAUCUCGAGUACAAGUUUGGUUAUACGAAAACGUUAACCUAAGAUUGGAGGGACACAUCGUCGGCUUCGAUGAAUACAUGAAUUUGGUGCUCGACGAUGCUGAAGAAGUCUACAUGAAGACGAAAAACAGGAAAACAUUAGGCAGAAUAAUGUUAAAAGGCGAUAAUAUAACGUUGAUACAGAACGUUAAUCCGUCAGCCAGCUCUAUGCAAAUGUAGAUUUAGUCAAUUGAAUGAAUGUACUUGGAUGUUAAUUUAAUACGAGUUAAGUGUCUUUUCACGACUAUAAAUACUAGUUUUAGUUCAUUCCACAACCACAAACAAACUGUUAUGUUCAUUAUUUUUUCUUCGUAAAUAUAUUAAUUUUAUA